UGCAAUGGCUUCGAACAUGAGAGCUUGUGUUGUGUGGUAAUGGUGAUAAUAAGUUCUUGUUUAUUGUCACUGUGUAUUUUGGGAGUGGAGGGAGAUAGAUGUAAAGAUCAAGUCCAAGGGCUUGUUAAUGCCUGCAAACCAAUAAUAUAUGGGCAGUCACCAUCACCCAAUUGCUGUUCACUGAUAAGGAGUGCAGACACAGCUUGUGUGUGUCCCAAAGUUACUCCACAGAUUGCUGCUCUCAUUCAAAUCAGCAAAGCAGUCAGGAUAGUUGAAGGCUGUGGAAGAAAAGUUCCCCACCAUUUCAGAUGUGGCAGUAUUGUCACACCAUAAUGAGCUCAACUGUACGAGAGGAAUGUUUAGUAUGCCAUGGGAAUAUGGUAGUUAUAUAGUAGUUGGUAAUAAGUUGCAGGUGUAGUAACUUGCAACAGUAAGAACAAUCUUAGUGGUCUGAAUUGACCUUGUUUUUGCUAAGUCUUCCAUGGCUCCAACUGUUUAGAGUCGGUCUGAUAUAACGUUGUAUGUCCUUAGUAGGGCAUUGAGAUUCUACUAUUUUGGUUAUGUAUUAUUGUUUUUAAGUUUAAAAAAACAAUUGG